AUGGCGGCAGAGGAGGGCGACAAGGAAACUCCGGGGAUGAUGGAGCGCCAGACCAUCUGCUUUCCCAACUACGAGACGGCAGAUGUGUUGAAGCGUGGAGAUGCCGCUUUCACGCACGAGAUCCGGCGUCUCUACGACGUCGCCGAGAGCAACGCGCUGGAGCAGCUCAUUGAAUUAAAACGAUCCUUGCGCCAACUACCCACCGAGGACUUCUGGGGCGCGGUGACGGAGGGUAUGUCGCGGAUUCUGGGCGCAGAGAUAUGUUUUGUCAUGAAGCGGGUGCUGGUGGACGACCAGGAGUCUGCCGUGGAGAUGCCGCCGAUUGGAGAGCCGGGAUCCUGCCUCAUGGCCGCCGCUCUGCACUACUGUGCCAGCGAUGGGAAUCGAGAAACGAGCAAGUCGACCAAGUUCCACGCCUACGGCUGUCCGUGUGCGUACAUGCGCCACGACAAAGUCUUCCUGGUCCCCGAACGACUGGGCGACUUCUUCAACAACAACCCCAACAAGCUCCCCACGCCGUGCGAGGCCUACAUCGCAGUACCGCUCUUCGAGGAGGGGAAGUGCUUUGCGCAUUUCGGCGCCAUGUGGUCGACAGAGGGCGCCGCGCGUAGGAGGCUCUCGUGGGCUUUCAUCGAGAUGGUACUGCACUCGCUGGAAGACAUGAUAUCCAACAGGUUCUUGCAGGGCGCCGACUUUAUCAAGCCUUCGACGGUGCCCGCCGAGAAGAAUCGUGUGAUUCCCCAUGAUGCGGUGACCGUUGCUCAGUCCCUCCGACCCUACGCUGGCAGCUUAUCACACGAGCUCCGCACUCCCAUGCAGGGCGUCGUGGGAAUGCUGGAUGUCAUGUACGCGACGGUACUGGAGGCGAUCGACACGCAGGCAGACCCGCGGGUACGACAACUUUUCGAGAAUUUGAAGGAAAACAUCGAAACGGUGCAGGACAGCUCGAGGCGGGCCGUCGAGGCUGCUGAUAACGUGGUGCAUGCCUACGAUAUGGACAUGAGCGUACCUGACGCGCCGCCCGCCCUCUUGGACGAGCCGAGCGACUCGCUCUCGCCCUUGACCGCCAGCGCGGAUCGUCGACCGGAGAUUCUGGUCGCGGGCAGCAAUCUCCCCAUGUCGCGGCCCAACAAGCGGCGGCGAGAUGAGGCCUUCUCCCGAGACAGCAGCGACAUGGGCGCCGCAAAGGCCCCCCGGCUGAGCCGAACGACCAAGCCCUGCAUUUGUUCCGAACAGGAAAUCAAACAAGGCGUACAGCAGGCCGAAAAGCUGCAGGCACAGUCCCAGGUUGGUGCAACCCUGGCGAAUGUGCCUUCGAGCGAGGAUGCCGAGCUGGCUGCGAGCGCUGUGCAUGGAUCCGGCAGGAUCAUCGCGCCCGGACUACGACACACUAGUCUUCGCGAGUUGCUUCAACUCGUGAUCAACGAAGGCUUGAAAGUCGGUGGACGACCAGACUCCGCCAUUGCGCAGGAAACGGAUGCAGGGGAGAUCAUCGAGGUCCGGACGCGAGGCUCGGACGGUACCGUGGGCCAGAAGAUGAUCGAAUGGAGUAUCGACUCGAGUGUGCCGACGACGAUGUUCAUCGACGAGAAGGAUCUCAGCAAGUUGAUCUCCUGCGUCUUCCUCAACGCCAUCAAGUUCACCGACAAGACGGAAGGACAUGUCAGGGUGUAUGCGCGGAUGAGCAACCGGGGGCGCUACAUCUCGAUCAAGAUUUCAGACAAUGGUCCGGGCAUACCAGCAGCCUUUCUGCCGAAGCUGUUCAAGCCUUUCUCGCAAGAGAACAACACGACUACGCGCUCCAGCGAAGGUCUUGGUCUAGGCCUGAUGGUCGCCAAGGGCAUCGCGAGGAAACUCGGCGGAGAUUUGAUGUGCACGAGAGCGGAGACCCAUGGGGCACAGCACGGGACUGAAUUCGACAUCAAAGUGCCUCUGCACGCUGGCGAGGCCAUCAGCAGGCCCAUCUCUCCCUUUGCUUCGCCUGCUCCACGACGAGCACAUCUCAACACCGAAGCUGUGCACAUCCAACCCUUGGCGGCGGCGCCAGGUAGUCCACGGAAACUGACGCGGGCUCUUCAUGAAGCCGUCAACCAAGGCCCCUUCUUCGUCACACCUGCUACGAUCUUGCCGGCGACGCCACUCUCACCCAAGAGUGCUGGUUCCGACGUACAAAGCCCGCCUUCGUCGUCGCUCCCAUCGCCACCAAAUGAGAUCCUCAAGCCAAAGCCGAGAAUGAGGAAGUCUGUGGCCAACCCGGAGAUCGAUCGCGACCUUGCACGGAAAUGUCCCCUGAACUUCCUGGUCGUCGAGGACAACAAGAUCAACCGCAGAUUGCUGGUCAACAUGCUCGGCAAGUUUGGCUACAAACAGAUUCACGAGGCACACGAUGGUACGGAGGCGGUCCGACAGAUGGCCAUCCCUCGCCCGCCCCACGAGCAAAUUGACGUCGUCCUGAUGGAUCUCUGGAUGCCACUGAUGGAUGGUUACGAGGCUACUGAGCGCAUCCUCCAGAUGGACGGCAAAGAGAACAAGAGCCCGACCGUGCUCGCGGUGACUGCCGACGUGACCGAUGGUGCGCUGGAACGGGCGGCCGAGGUCGGGAUGCGAGGCUUCAUGACGAAGCCGUACAUGCUUCUGGACCUGCAACGUCUGAUUACGGAAUAUUGUGCGAGCCACAGUGCAAUGGAGUGUCGGUGA